GGGCGCGUACGCACGCCACGCCGUACGUUGGUGCGAACGUAUCGCGCGAAAAAUAAAAGUGCGCGAUUUCCUUCCCCCUUCCUCCCCCUCCACUCCGCUUCCCUCGCGUAUCUCUUGCCGCGAGAUGUGCGAGAGGUGAAUUCCACGCGGCUCGACUUCCGCGCGCGAGAGGAAAUGAAAAUCCUGGAGGGAAAUAUUGGGGCGUCAAGCGUACCCCUCGUUCGAGUUUUAAAGAAAAAGGAAACUCGGAAAGGAUCGGAAAAGGAGUUAACUUCUGAAAAAUUAUCGCUGAACAGAGAUUUUUGGAACAUUUUUCGAGACUUUUCACGCGAGUGUUUUAAAUGACAGAUAAUCGAAAGACUUUUCACCUUUGUACGUCUCUCGAGGAAUUUUAUCUUUGUUUUCCCUCGUUAUCGCGAGGGAAAUGUGUUGCUAACAUACCAGCUGAUGAAUUUCGAAAAUAAACGUUCUUUAUCUAUGUCGGAGGUUUCUCGAGAGUAACAUUCUUUGCUGGGAACGAUACUCGAGAAUGAUCCUCUAUUGUAUUCUUUUUUUUGAAAAAUCUCGCUGUCGGCUUUGAAUCGAAUGAUGGAAAUGCUUUCGAGAUAUAAAACUGGAAUUUCAAUAAAAUUUAUUCAGUGAUUUAUUCGGUGACUUGACAUUUAGAAACCGGACAUUUAGAAAAAUGUAGACUUAUUUCUGAUAAACGACAAGGAAGCAAUUCACAUUUUUACGAGCCCGUAUACUUUGUUUGAAGAAAUAUAGUGGCAAAUUGACUUUACAAAUCGACGAAGUGUCUCUUAACAGGAAACGCGAGGUGUGUUUCUCCGAGUCUGAAAGAAUGACGGUGUCUGAAGAGAUGGCAACGGAACUGGCGAAUAAAAAGGCAGAGCGGGAAGCUCUCAAGGGGGUCAUACAACAAUGGAACGCCAAUCGCUUGGACCUGUUCGAACUUUCGGAGCCCAACGAAGAUCUGGAGUUUCAUGGCGUAAUGAGGUUCUACUUCCAAGACAGCGGCCAGAAGGUCGCAACUAAGUGCAUCAGAGUUGCCUCGGACGCAACCAGCCAGGCAGUAAUAGAAACUCUCAUAGAAAAAUUUCGUCCCGACAUGAGAAUGCUAUCCGUCCCAGAAUACGCUCUCUAUGAGAUUCACGAAAAUGGAGAAGAGCGUAAACUUGAUUUAGAAGAAAAACCAUUGCUAGUACAACUAAAUUGGCAUAUAGAUGAUCGCGAGGGACGUUUCUUAUUGAAGAGGAUUGAUGAUAAAACUAAUGCGCAAGGCGUCGGUUUUACUUCAGCCGAGGGUUCAAGCUUUCGAAGAAAGCUGAGCAAGCGGGAGAAGAAACAGAUCAAGAAGCAAGAGAAGCUCAGUCGGAUGAAGAGCUUGGAACAAGAUGAAAAUGCGGCGCCUGGCGAUCAGAACGGUGUUGCCGAGAAGCUUUAUACGGAAUUGCCUGAGACCAGUUUUACGAGGAGUAUCUCGAAUCCGGAAGCAGUAAUGAGACGCCGUCGUCAACAGAAGCUUGAGAGGAGGCUCCAGCAAUUUCGUAGUAAAGACGGCGGUCCCGACACGGGCGGCACAUUGAAAAUUUAUGGCGAGGCAUUGUGCAAGGACGUGCCAUACAAAACGCUUCUGCUGAGUGUGCGAGAUUCUGCCGCUCAGGUCGUGCGAGAGAUGCUUUCUAAAUAUGGCUUGGAAAAAGUGGACCCGCAGUUAUAUUGCCUUGUGCAGGUUAACAGUGAAAACGUGAAUAGCAAUACGCACCAGGAAUAUAUAUUGGACGACGAUGAAUGUCCUUUGGCAAUAUUAAUGAAUCAUCCUUCCACACGAGGUUCCAUUAUGUUUCAUGUGAGGAGGAGGCCCGCAGAUUACAUGCCGCGGAAACGUAAAAAGAAACCAUCCGGAAAGUGGAAUGAGUUGGACCAUAGGUAUGAGGAUGAGAGGCUACCAUUCCUACUGGAGCUUAAUCCUGACGGCAGCGAUAUCCCGAACGGCGCCGGAGUACGACACCGGUUACAGCCGAAUGUCACGGAAGUCGGAUCAGAGAGACCGAUAGGACCGCAAGCGGUUCAAGCGCAGACACUUACGUUGCCAGGACCAACGGUGAUGCCCAGGCACUGCGUUAUAGCUUUCACCGAGAACAUUGUCACCCUCACGCCAUGUUCCAGAGACGCGCAUACAUACGUCAACAAUCAAAGGAUACACCAGACGACCAUUCUGCAGAAUGGAGCUAUCAUUAAAUUCGGCAGAAUGCACACCUUUCGAUUCAUUGACCCUGCGCCGGAAGAGCGCAUUAGGCAGAGACACGAUUCUAACAAACAGAUCGACUACGCUUACGAUCGACGCUCACCGGACACAACCAGUCAGGAUGUUAGCUCGGAAAAGUUUCAUCCGGGGUCUGGAACACCGAACGAUGGUGGUCAGAUCCCGGGUCAGACUCAAGAACAAACGACCCCAUCAAGCCCUUCAAAGUCCACCGCCACUGCAGUUCGUAGUCCUCGUAGUCCCACACACCCGCCAGAGCCCACGCACAAUUAUGAAACCACAUUUGAUCUGGAUGGGAACGUGGAAACUGCUAGCCUGAGCAGCAGCAGGGACGGCAACAGACUCUCACAGUACGAUCGGCAACCGCGAGGCACGGAUCCAAUUUUGCCAGCUGUUUUGGAAUUCCUUGAGGAGACAGAGGAAACGUUUCUCCACGCUGUUAUCACCGAUGUCGAACCUUCGGCGCCACAAUUUAAAUUGGCACCGACCUAUACUCUCUAUCUCAGUGCACGAUAUCGUGCCAGCACUCAUUACAGACCAGAAUUGCAACCUACAGAAAGAGCACAUCGACUCACCGUCAUGCUGGCAAAUGUCGCUUCCAUGAUCCAACGUGUUAUCCAGGAACGUUAUAUGGAUGCUUCAUCAUUGGCCUUUUGGUUGGCAAAUGGCUCGGAAUUACUACACAUGUUAAAAAGCGACCGACAUGUGGGUGCAUUUUCCACGCGGGCUCAAGACAUCUUAGCGGACGCGGUACACACGGCCUUUGGUUCGCUGGUGCGCUGUGUCACGUUAGAGCUCACUCCAGCGAUGACGCAGUUUAUGGCGGACGCAGAUGACCCAGCGAAGGAAGCUGGAGUGCUGCAAAUCUUCUCGAAUACGAUGGCCUUAUUGCGACGAUGUCGGGUGAAUGCCGCGUUGACGAUACAGUUGUUUAGUCAUCUGUUUCAUGCGAUCAAUGCCACAGCCUUUAAUACACUCGUCUCGAACGGAAAUCUAUGCGUCAGAUGGUUCGGACGCAAAUUAAAAACAAGACUGAAUGCACUGGAGACAUGGGCCGAGAGACAGGGCUUGGAACUUGCCAGUCAAUGUCAUUUGGCGACAAUAAUGCAGGCUACUCAUCUACUACAGGCUCCCAAGUACAAUGCCGAUGAACUCGCUACGCUAAGCUCAACCUGCUUUAAAUUGAAUUCUCUACAAGUGAGGGCGUUACUACAGAAAUAUCAACCAGCUGCGGAUGAACCCAGACUACCUGCCGAAUUGAUCGAAAAUGUGGUGAGAGUAGCAGAGAGUGUCGCCGAUACACUCGCGCGUGCAGAUGGCCGAGAAAUAAGACUGGAAGAAGAGCCUGUUCUAGGGUUAGCAUUACUGCUUCCUGAGGAUGGUUAUAGCUGUGAAGUAAUAAGAGGCGUCCCACCAGGACUAGCAGAAUUUUUGGCACCUUUGCAACGAGAUGGUUUAUGUCGAAUGGCGGCCCAACCCACAAGUAGUGGUUAUUGGACCAUUUACAUGAUAGAUCAUCACAACAAUUUACGUAGUCCCAGCGCAAUGAGUAAUAGAUCGGGUGGCUAUAUUAGUCAUGUCAAUCAAAAUCAAGCUCAACCUGAGAUACAUAUCAUCAAAUUGCACAAAAGUACCAAUGGCAUGGGAUUGAGCAUUGUUGCAGCAAAAGGUGCGGGGCAGGAUCGAUUAGGUAUUUAUAUCAAAAGCGUCGUUGCUGGUGGUGCUGCUGAUGCUGAUGGUAGAUUGACGGCAGGUGAUCAGUUACUCAAAGUAGAUGGACAAAGUCUAGUUGGAAUCACGCAGGAAAAGGCUGCCGAAUAUCUCGUGCGUACCGGUCCGAUUGUGACAUUGGAAGUCGCGAAACAGGGAGCUAUAUAUCAUGGCCUCGCAACGUUAUUAUCGCAACCUUCUCCCGUAAUGACAAGAGAACAUAAGACUCGGAUGAGAUCCGAACUCUUAGAACCAGCAAUAGGGGCAACCGGUAAUCAGCCAGCCACGUCACACUCGAUGGGCGAUUUAUUGUCCCACUUCCCGAAGCAGGCGCCGUAUCAGGAUUUAGCUCAACCAGGUGCGAUCCCAUCUCAAUGUCUUGUUGAGAGAUCUUUUUGCCAUAAUCAAAUUGACCGAGGUUUUCCACGAAUCGACAUCGAUGAAUAUCGUUCCAUGCGGCAAGAUCCGUUCUCGGUUCUUCAUUCAAGAGGCGCGUAUCCUAGUGUCUAUUCCGUCGACGCGUUUCGCGGUGCCGUCGAUGAGAGGGAACACAUCUAUCGUCCUUCUACCCCUACCGUGUCUCCCGUGCGUCUCCUGAAACCUCGAAUGCCCUGUCCUUUGAUCUCAAUCACGAGCGACAACGAGAUAUCAUCCAUCAUAUAUCAGGAUGAGAGUGAUGAGAGUGACGAUAAGAUCAUAGAGGAAGAAGAAAAUAAUAUGGAACAAGGUGGAAUCGCAACUAGAAGUGCGAAUUAUUCAACGGAAAUUUUAAAUCCGUUUGAAAGGAUCACUACUCCGCCACAGGAAUAUGCGGAAGUUACAAAGGACCAUGAACACUCGUUGCUGACGCAGCCAUUGAUUCUCGAUAGAAAUCUUUUCGAUACUAUACCUUAUAUUGAUCAAGCUGAUGAUAUCAAUCCCGCCGAAUCCUCUGAAUGUGUUCAGAUAGAGCCGAGUAACAAGUGCGAGCGCUGUAUUAAAGCCGGUUAUAACGGCAAUCUUAAUCCUAGAGAUUCUCAAGAGCGCAUAGAAGUAGAUCGAUAUAGUCAACAGACUCUAAAUAUUCCAGAAUCUAAUUUUGAAUUAAAUAAUCUGAAUUUUUCAUCAAUCGUUGAUUCAUCUGCGAAUAAAGCUGUAUUAUUCGUCAAGGAUACUACAGUCAAUCCAGACUCCGUGACAGAAUCCAAGCCAAAUGAUUUCUCGCGCCUUGAAAGCGUAGAUAACGGCAUAAAACGUAUAAAUAUUAAAGAUCAAUGUACAGAUAACUUGGACGAUAUUUCCAAUUCCGAAGAUUGCGCGGAUGAGUCUAGUUCCACGAUUAACGACGAUUGCACAUCGAAUAGAACCGACAAAGAUGCCGAGGGAGGUAUCUCUACUCCUAAGAUGUACACCAUAAUGCCAGAAUUGCAUCUCGAUCUGAGCGGAUUGAACAGCGACGUGUCCAGUGACGAGUCCAAAACGGAGAAGUGCUGGAAGUCGCCGGAAGAAGUGCGUUUAGGAUGCGGCAGAGUUGCAGCGCUAGCAAAACAUUUCUCGAAACUUGGUGACGCCGGUCUGAUCAAGUUUAAGUCCACCAAGUUGAAUGGUUCUCGUCAAUUCGUAUCGGAACCAAAUAUUCUGACACCAGAGGAGAACGACGAGCAUCUGCAUCGACCUUGUCAUGCACAGAAGGAAUACAAAUCAGAUUCGGAUUUAACAAAAGAAGUGGACGAAAAUUCUCGAAUCUUCUCAACUGGGAAACACAAUAAUGUUAUUCUAGUUGAUGUUGAAGCGGGUGGCGAUUUCUCGAUCGAGGAAUGUAGGUUUCAUCAUUGCGGCGCUAAACGAGUCACAAUUACCAAAAUUCCAAUGAACGAGCAAAUUAUGACUGAUAAUAAGGAAAGUUCAAUCCAAGAAGUAAAGAAAAAUCAAAAUGUAGAUAUUGAAAAUCAGAAUGUAGAUAUCAAAAAUAGAGAUCAAAUCAUGCCAUUUGGAAAAUUUAACAAAGAUAACCAUUCCAAACUCUCUCUAGAACAACAACAAUUAAUCGCGAAACAACUCGAGCAAUUUUCAAAUCUGGAUAACGCCGACGCGCCUUUGUUUAUACCAGAGCAAGAUGUCGUGCAAGCUUCUGCCGUUUCCAAAAAUGAGACUCAAGAAACGUCUGUCUCUAAUGAUUCAAUCCAGUCGAAUUUGAUAAAUCAAUUAGAUGCAGCAUCUCGAGAUAAAUCAUCGUUGAUCGAUGCAGACGAUAAUUCUGAAAAAAUGAUGAGAACUUCUUCCUCCAUGCCUUCCGUUUGUUCUCCUCCACUCUCUCAUUCUUCCAUCAUGCUAUCGCUAACGAAAGUUGCGAAAAAUUCUUUGUCUUUAGAGGAUAUAAGAUCACAGAUUCAUCAGUAUUGUGGGAAACGUCCCAAAUCUUGCCUAUUCAUAGAUAUUUCUCAUCCCGCUACUAAGAAUUGCUCCAACAGCUUCUCGGAAAGCCCAUCGAUGCUUCCGCCAUAUGUAAAUACUCAUUUAAGAACAGGCGAUAAACAGGCAAUGAACGUUUUGCGAAUGCGAAUUGCUAGACCUCUCUGUAAUAGCGAGAACAGUUUGAUCGGCGCUACAAUUUAUGGAAAAGAAGAGACUAAAAAAGCUGAUCUUUGCGACAAGUCCGCUAAGUUGACGCGAAGUUGUGAAAGUAUUCAAGACAACAAGCCUCUAUUUGAAUUUGAUAAUCGAACACGAUCCUCCGAGGAUCUUUGUGAAGACGUUGAUUCGUCUAACAAAUGUUACAACAGAUUGAUUUCCAGUCCCAGGGGAAAUACACGAUGGCACCGUCAUCGUUCCCUUGAAGAAUUGAAAUUGAGAAAAGGGUUGAGGAAGCGGGAUAGUUCGAUGAAUUCUACUGUACUUCGAACUGCUAAAGCCGAUGUGAAAUUUGACAAAUUCUUUGAUGAUAAAUUAGUUUCCGAAGACGGAAAAAACGUGUCGUGGAAUCGUCAUCGUUCGCUCGAAGAAUUGAAAUCAAAAAAAGAAUCUCGUGAGGAAAACAGACGAAUGAAUUCUGAUCAAAUUGCUGAGGUAAAGAAAUCUGAUUGGGUGGUGAAAAAAGAUUGCGCACAAGGCGCGUGAGCUACGAUCGGCUGAAAGAUAACUCAUCCUUUAAAUUGUCAUGUGGGAAUGAGGCAAAAGACAUGGGACGAAAA